AGAGAGAAAGGUAGAGAGAGUGGCAAUAAUAUAUAUAUAUGUAUAUAAUUUAUAUAUGUAAACAAAACCAAAAAGGGAAGAGAAAAGGCAAGGAAUAAUAAUAGAUUCACUCAAGUAAUUAUAUAAUUUUUUUUUAUUUAUUUGAAUUUUUUGUUGUACCCAACAAACACACGCUCACGCACACACACACACAUACACACAUUUACACAUACACAAACACACACAUACACACACGAAUACUCAUACAAUUAUAUAUAUUAUAUAUAUAUAUAUUUGUAUACAUGUAUACAUACGGGUAGAUAUUUUUUCUUUUACAUUUACAUGUGUAAAUAUGUAUCUUUACACAAGUAAAUAUACAUAUAUAUACACAUAAAAUAAUACACCAAUUUAUACACUCACAUACGCCUACAUUCAUAACGUAAUAUAUACUCAUAAGUAUAAAUAAGAAGCGUUUCCAGGCAGACACGUACAUAAACACACAUGGCAUAUAUAACACACAUAUUCAUCUCCAUACAUAACACAUAUAUACAGUCAGUACAACAUACGACAUAAUAGAGAGUUUUUUGAGACACAAAACAUCAAAGAAACAGUAGCACCCUGGGUUGUUUUGGUAUUGUUAUUACCAUGACAGAGAACAGUAAUGGAAGCGUGGUGGAUUGUGGGGUCAUUGGCCAGAAUAUACCGGCCGUCAAGGAGGUUAUUAAAUGUAGCAGUAUGGUGGUCAACACACGGACACAUCAUCACACGGACAAAAGUCAGUUAUCAGACAAGGCUUCGGCCUUCUCUAUAGCCGCGAUUCUCGGCGACAAGAUGCCCGUCGAUCGGAAGGACAAUAGUAACAGCAUAAACCACCACAACAGCAAUAACACCAUCAACAUCAUCAACAACAUCAACUGUGGUAUACCAACGACGACGACGACGACGACGACGACGCCGCCGUCGCGGACGUCACGGACGACGACGCCGACAUCGCCGGGGCCGUUAACAACGUCGACGUCAUCGCCGCCGCCGCCGCUGCACACGGCGACAACGACGACGCCGCCACCCCCGACGUUGUCACCGAAUUCUCGGCUACCGUCGUUGACGGCGUCGUUAGCGCCGACGUUAGUCGGUUCGACCUCGGAGUCAAUCAACUUGCGAUUAGGAAACACGUCACCCUGUGCCAUAGUUUCCCCACAUGUUUACGACAGCAGUACAGAUUUGCCAGAGAUGAAACUGGAGAGACUGGAUGUUGGUAGCACUACAAAUGGAACGAGUCGAAAUUCUAGCCCUAUAGACGUCGAACCAAAGUCACCGAAUCUCCGUCUUCCCAGUAGUAAUGGCAGCGUAGAAAUGGCAAACAUAACAUGUAUUUUAGAAACUAAAGAUCUGUGGAGUAAAUUUCAUGAUCUCGGCACGGAAAUGAUCAUCACUAAAUCUGGAAGACGUAUGUUUCCUACAUUGCGUGUUUCAUUCCGAAACACUGAUCCAGAUACCCGAUAUUCAGUGCUAAUGGAUAUAGUACCUGUAGACAGCAAAAGGUACAGAUACGCUUACCACAAAUCUUCUUGGCUAGUAGCUGGGAAAGCAGAUCCAGCAUUGCCCACCCGGCUAUAUAUGCACCCCGAUGGACCUCACUCAGGCUUAAAUCUACAAAAGCAGACAGUAUCGUUUGAAAAAUUAAAAUUGACCAAUAAUUUAUUAGAUAAGAACGGUCACAUCAUUCUAAACAGUAUGCACAAAUAUCAACCAAGAAUACAUAUUGUAAAGAAACGUGAUAAUAUAAACGAGACUACUUCCAUCACUAAUUUGGAUGCUGAAGAAUUCCGGACAUUUGUAUUUCCAGAAACCGUUUUUAUCGCCGUUACAGCAUACCAGAAUCAGCUUAUAACCAAGUUAAAGAUUGAUAGCAAUCCAUUUGCCAAAGGGUUUAGAGACUCCAGUCGUUUGUCUGACUUUGAAAGUAAAAAACUGUUUUACAGAGAAAGUGUGGAAGGCCUCAUACAUCAUCACACAUAUGCUCGUUCUCCCCUUAGAUCUUACGGUGACGGUGAAUACGGCGAUGGAGAGCUUUUGAAAUUCCGCGAAUCUCCAUACUCUAAAUCUGGUGAACCGGGUCAUGACAAAAACGGAGCAAUGAUGUUACCACAUUGGGCACUAUGGCGACCAUCUUUAUCAGCACGAGGUUCAUCAGCGUAUUCAAUGGAUCAAAGUUUAUACGCAUGGUACGGCAGUAUGUACGGUAUUCCGGCAUCUGCUACUGCAGCAGCAGCAGCAGCGGCUGGCAUUGUCUUUCCAAACCUGGGACUUCAUCCUUUACAGUUACCCGAAAAUCUUCGAGAUUUACGAAACGCUGCUGCUGUUGCGAAUGCUUAUUCCGGAAUCACACCAUCUGAUAAUUCUUCACAUUUUCUAACUGGCUCGCAUCGAUUCCACCCGUAUUUCGUGUCGGAAGAUGUCAAAAGAGAAGGAGCUUCAUUAGUAGAAGGUUGCCGACCAUGAAUUCCACGAAGCAUUCUCCUGUAGGCACGUGAUUCAAUUAUUUCCGGCGUGUCGAAUGAAAUAUCUCCAAAUUCUUUACUGUCUUCAACAUUUCUUCGAUACACUAUGGUCUAUAAGGACAGCAAAAGAUAAAAGCGAUGAUGAAGAAGACAAAGACGAAGAAGAAAGAAGGCAACCAUAAAUGAAAAGAGACUCUAUAAAUGGCAAAAAUAAUAAAAGCCCCUACAACAAACCCAUCAAAAAUCCUUAAACCUAUGUACCACCAUCGUCACUAAAUGUGUCUCAUAAACAUUGUGCUGCUACACGCUACUCAUCUUUAUUCCCUUCUGAGCUUAUGAGGAAGAACCAUUUAAGAAAAACGGUUGAUAUAUAAGUUAAAACACUGUCUUUCUUGCACUUUGCUUGACGUAUUACUUGGGAUGCUGCUACUCCUGUUGGUUUUACUUCUGCUGUUGAAGUUCCCCGCUUCAUCCUUGCUGAACAAUCAUAUACAAGCAUACAAGAAUAGACACGCCUCAGAUAAACUAGAAACUACGAAAAAUGCAACCACACACACUCACGCACUGUUUCUUACACCUACACAUAGACGCACAAACAUUAAAACAUACACAAGCAUGAAUACAAACAUACAUACACAAAAACAAUCUUAAAAACAAAAAAUAUGGCUUGAAUUAUACAGAAACAUACUCACAAACUUAAGUAAAACUUUGUAAAGUUAUAUACAGAAAUACACACUUAAAUAUGCUCACACCUACACACAUAAACACUCUUACAUAUAAAGAGACAUAAACACAAACAUUUAAAUAGACGCAAGUACAUACAUAUUCUAUUGUUGUAAUCCUCCCUUACAGUGUCAAAGAGGCAUAAAAUACAUUAGGAUUGUACAUGCAUAUAUGGUGUACAUUAGACCUAGUAUUGACUCUGCGAGAUCCUAAGAGUCGCUUCAACAAAAACAUCAUCAUCAUAAACAACAACAACACCGACAACGACAACAGCAACAACAACAACAAAACCACUGCCACAGCAGUAAGAACAGUAAUAAUUAUAAAGGUGCAUAAAUGUGUAUGAAUGACUAUAUAUAUAUAUAUAUAUAUAUAUAUAUAUAUAUAUAUACACACACAAAAAGUGAAUAAAAAUAAUUGAAAUAAAGGUAAAAGUAUAAAAAAUGACAAAGGAAAAAAUCAUCUAGGUUGAAUUCUGCCACUUGAAUAUCCUCAUUAUGUACACGUCUAGUACCUCCAUAUUAACCAAACUCUUCCCCCCCCCCCAUUGAACAACACACACAGAAACAAACAAACAAACUACUUAAAACUAGAGCAGCAACAACAACGAACAAGAAAUCAAAAUGCGGAUUCUAUUACAAAAAAAAAAAAAAAAAAGACGACUGUUUGCAUUUUGGCAAAGUCUAACUUCCUUUUGUUGGAGAAACAAUGUUAGCAUCAGCAUUUGCCACAGCAACAGCAAACAACAACAACAAUAACAACAAUGACAACAAUUAUUGUAAAACAAACUCUUCGGUAUGUGAAAAUAAUCUAUUUCGUUUUAUUAGUGAUAACAAUAACGGGAGCAAAGAAUAUCAUUUGCGAUAGAAGCAGUAAUAUUAGUAGCAAACGCAGUACCAACCAUUCUCACGGACAAACGUGGGAUCCUCAACGUGGUUGUUCAUUCUGCAAGAAAUAAUAAUAAAAUUUCCCUCUAAAAUGAAAUCCUACCAUCUUAAAAAUGAUGAUGUGUUUCUUGCUCAAGGGGAAAACUAGAUGGUUACGGCUAAAAUGCCAUUGAUCAUAGCUCUAUGCAAGCGAACACAAGAGCCGUAUCACCACCACCACCACCAACAACAACAACAACGACGAUGACGACAGCAACAACAACAACACCAACGCCGACAGCACAAGUACGAGAUGAACUACUACAGUAAUGAGAAGAAUUUCAACAUGAAUGCAACAGUAACCACAACACUAACAAAAGCCGGGUCCACACACAACAAGACAUAACGAUAAAGAACAACGGCAGCAACAAUAACAAAGAUGAGUGUAACAUCAGAAACAGCAGCAACAAGAACAAUAACAAAACAAUAAGACAAUAAGAAUAAGAAAAUAGCAAUAAUGACAUUGGUAGCAGCAACAACAAUAACGAAGAGAUUAUUAAACAAUAUUGCACUACAUUUUGCUAUCACAGAAAUGGAGGCAAAGGUAGAAAAAGCAAUAAUAAUAAUAAUAAUAAUAAUAAUAAUAAUAAUAAUAAUAAUAAUAUGAUGAUGAUGAUGAUGAUGAUGAUGAUGAUGAUGAUGAUGAUUAUGGCAGCGAUGGUAAUGGUGUUGGUGAUGAGGACGAUGUCAAUAAUAAUCGGUUCUAUAUUUGCCAGAAGCGCGUCUUACGGAGGAGAAGAUAACUGCGGUUUUCAAAACUAUCGAGCUGGGUUUACAUGGAGUCGAAUGACCAUACGUAAAUAAUGAUGAAUUUUAAUAGUAAUAAUAAUAAUAAUAAUAAUAAUAAUAAUAAUAAUAAUAAAAAUAAUAAUGAUAAUAAUAAACAUUCGAUAACAAAAUCAACAUUAAAAGUAUAAAUGGGAAACAUAAAGCUGGAAUAUUUUAUUGAAAGAAAAACAAAAACAAAAAUAACAGCAAUAAUCAGAUUCCAUUUUGUUGUAAGAGGUCCUAACAUCAAUUCGCAAAAUUUGUUAAAAAUGCCCCCCCCCCCCAAA